GGAUAAUGAUUGGUUGACAAUGACAAUAUAUUGGGCCAGUGACGAGUUUAAGAAGAAGAGUACUGUUGGAAGUAAAAAUAGGAAUACCCCUGCUGCCAUCCAGUCUCAGUACAGAGGUGGUAGAAGUUGUGUGGAUGCACAUGCUGAAAAAUUGGCCGCGGAGUUGAAUCGGGAGCCGCUUUCUAUUGAAGUUUAUGAAAAGUGCUAUGUCCCGAAGACGGGUGAUCCGCCGCCUCGUGUUCAAGAAGUCCUUAGCAAGUACAAUGAACUGAAGGAGCAAGCUGCCACUCAAUCGGAUAGUCAAAUAUCCGCAAUCGAAGACAAUGAUUUGUUUUUGAAAGCCACGCCAAAGUAUAAGAGCCGCCGGUUCGGGCAUGGCAGUCGGGCUAAAAGUACAGUGCUGGAUUCAUCCUCGGUGAUCGGCCCCCUUGGUCCUACUCCUGAAGAAGUUGAAGCAAUUCAACAAAAAUUGCAGGCCCAAAAUGAUAAAAUACUUCAACAAGAAAAAAAACAGAAGGAACAAGAUGCACAAAUGGCAGCUAUGUCGGGUUGCUUUUCUGCUAUUUUACAGCAAUUAAAAACUACCAACCCCAACAUAGUGAUACCCGAGUUUCCCUUCCAGGCUCAGCCAGACACGACUCAGCUAGCCCCGAAUCAGCGUGCCUCCCCGACUCAGCCAGGUGCAUUGAAUGUUGAUGACUUUUUCGGUGAUGACUUUGUCCCUCUUAAUGGUCUGUAAUGUUAACACCUCCCUCCUGAUGCUUUGAAAUGUUAUUGCCUCCUUCCCAAACACUUAAUUAUUUUUGUUGUUUUUUGAUGGACUUGUUGGGGAGAUCUUGAUGGAUACUUAUGUUCAAUGUUGAUGAUAUCAAUGUUGAUUUUUUGCAUGUUUAAUGUGUUUGUUGGAAUGAUGUUUACUGUUUAUUUUGUAUGAAG